GUGUUUGUGUGACAGCAGGACUUUCAUUUAGGCCUCGCAGGAUUUCAGCCGUCUGGAUCUCUGAGACAUUUCCAAGGGUUUUCUGAUCUGAUCUGCACCAUCAGCGGUCACAUCUCUACACUCGUUCCUCCACCAGCUGAUCGUCAGUGUGAUUUCCCCCCAAACAUAACCACCACAACGCCUCCCUCACCCCCCUCCCCCACAACCACCACGACCCACUGAACAACCAUGGCGCUGUCGUCACGCUUAAAACUGUGGGAGCAGAAGGGAGAUAAAACAGGAGAACAAGCCAGUGCCUGCAGCCGUCCCUCCGCCGCCGCCGCUGUCGACUCUGCCAGGCGGCUUCCUCAAACAACUGGUCAGAGAUUCAGAGAAGGAGACCAAAAAUAAGGAGCCAGAGGUCAAAGAGGAGAAACCGCCAAGUAAACUGAACGACAACCUUGUGCAGCAGUUUCUCCUCCCGGAUCAGACUCCCCCGAUCCUGGAGGCAGAGAUGUCUCUGCGGGCUGAACAACUGCUCAACAGCAGCAAACAGAACAGAUCGGUCUCGGCCCAGUCAGACGGCAGGUCCUCGCCUCGCUGCAUCCUGACUCCUGAAUCUGACCAGAAUCCAGAAACCAGGAAGAACCGAACACCAGAACCCCAAAAGGUAAAACAACUGCAGGAGAAAAAUCCAGAAACGAAUAGCACGAAGAUGCUGCAGGUCGAGAAGAAGAAGAAGAAGAAGGAGGAGGAGGUGACGGAGCAGGUGGGGCCGCUGGAGAAGAAGAAGAAGGAGGAGGUGUUGGAGCAGAGACAGGAGCCAGAGGGGAGGCAGGCUGACGCGAUGAUAACAACAGAUGAGAGGAGGGAGGUGAGGGAUGUGUGGUACGAAGCUGGAACUGUGUGGUACGUCCAGCAGGACGGUUUCACCCGCGCCACUCAGCUGAAGCCGGACGAAGGCACGCCGGAGCUCCCAGACGGCCGAGUGAGGGUCCGUCUGGAGAUGGACGGGACACUGCACGACGUCACCCAGUACGAAGUGGAGAAGUGUAACCCUGCAGAGCUGGACCUGUGUGAGGACCUGAGCGAACUCCAAAGUGUGAACGAAUGUGGAGUUCUGCAGACGCUGACCAGCCGGGCCAAAGCCAACAUGGCGCUGACGCACGCCGGACCGAACCUGGUCAACUUCUGGCCCCCGUUGGAGAGCCACAGCAAGACACCGAAGUCACGGCGAGGACAGUCUGCAUGGGAUGCCCCCCCCGCCCUGGUGGCACUCGUCAGACGGGUUUACGUGUCCAUGGUCGGCAGCCGGAGGGACCAGAGUGUGUGUGCGCUGGGACGCACCGGGACGGGGAAGACAGCGGCAUGCCAGGCUUUCACACUUGCGCUCCUUAAACAAGCUGGAGCAACCGGAUUGAACAUCAGCGUGGAGCGCAUCCAGGCCAUGUUCACCAUCCUCAAGUCUUUUGGCUGCGUGGGCUCUCCUCACAGCGACGCCUCAUCUCGCUUUGCCAUGGUCUUCUCGCUGGACUUCAACCAUGCUGGCCAGGUUGCUGCUGGACACCUGCAAACCAUGAUGUUGGACAAAUGGAAAGUGUGCCAGAAAACUCCAGGAGAGACUAACUUCCUGGUUUUUGCUCAGAUGCUGGCAGGACUCAGCACAGAAAUAAGGACAGAGCUGCAGCUGCACCAGCUCCCAGAAGCCAACUCUUUUGGUAUUGUUCACCCCACCAAGGUCGAGGAGAAGCAGCGUGCAUCCGUUGCCUUCACCAAGCUGUUGACUGCCAUGGAAACGCUGGGCUUCUCGGCCGGUGAGCAGAAAGCCAUCUGGCAUGUUCUGGCUGGUAUCUACCACCUGGGAGCUGCAGGAGUCUGUAAAGUGGGCAGGAGGCAGUUCGUGAACUUCGAGUGUGCUCAGACAGCCAGCAGCGUGCUGGGAUGUGAUGCUGAAGAGUUCAGCAUCGCUGUCUUCAAACAUCACCUGCAGAAGCUGCUGCAGAGGGCCACCGGAGGAGGGGGAGCAGGAGCCGGAGCUGGCAAGAACGAGCCAGAGGAGGGUCCCCGCCUGACGGCUGCUCAGUGCGUGAAUGGUAUGGCCGCUGGACUCUAUGAGGAGCUCUUCACGGCCAUUGUCUCGCUCAUCAACAGGGCUCUGAGCGGGGAGCAGCUAGCGUUAGCCUCCGUCACCGUGGUGGACACGCCGGGUCUGAGGAACCCGAGACAUGCGGCAGAGGAGCGCGGCGCCAGCUGGGCGGAGCUCUGCCACAACUACCUGCAGGAGCGUCUGCUGGAGCACUACCACACACACACCUUCCUGCACACGCUGGAGAGAUACGCUCAGGAGAACGUUCACGUGGACUUUGAGUGUCCGGACAGCAGCCCCACGGAGGUCGUAUCUGCCAUCGACCAGCCGCCUCCACAGGUCCGAGCUGCAGACAGAGACCCGCGAGGUCUGCUGUGGGUGCUGGACGAGGAGAUGGUGACGCCGGCCUCCAGCGAGACUGGGAUCCUGGAGAGAGUCUGCCGGUACUACAGCCAAACCGUGCGUCAGUGCGAGCAGCCGCUGCAGUGUGAAGUGAGCCACCUGAUGGGCCGUGACCCGGUCCGCUACGACCUGACGGGAUGGUUGGGUCUGAUCCAGAACAACCCAUCUGUUCUCAACGCCGUGUGUCUACUAGAGAACUCCUCCAUAGCGGUGGUGAAGGCUAUGUUCACCUCUCGGGUCUCUGUGCCCCCCCUGUGUCGAGGUUUGGGAGGGCUGGAGGGGCGGAGCCAGCGUGCCCUGCAGAGGAAUGGCUCCAUCAGGAAGACGUUCAGCGGCGGGAUGGCAGCCAUACGCCGACACUCUCAGUGCAUCGCUGUGAAGCUGCAGGCGGACGCUCUGGUGAACCUGAUUCGCCGAGCGAGGCCGGUCUUCCUGCAGUGCGUCAACGCCAAGAUGGAAGGAGGAAGUUUUGAUGUUCCAGCACUCAGAGUUCAGCUAAACUCCACCCAGAUCCUGUCGGCCCUGCAGCUCUACCGCAUAGGUUACCCGGAGCACAUGACUCUGAGUGACUUCAGGUGUCACUUUCAGGCUUUAUCUCCUCCCAUCAUGAAACGUUAUGCUUCAAUGUUUGUCAGCCACGACGAGAGAAAGGCAGUGGAGGAGCUGCUGGCGGAGCUGGACCUGGAUAAGAGGAGCAUCGUCAUAGGCGCCAGCAGGGUGUUCAUGAAGCGAGGCGUGCUGCGGUACCUGGAGCAGCAGAGGGAGCAGCAGGUCACCGGUUGGCUGGUCCACCUGCAGGCCUCCGGCAGAGGACACCUGGCUCGGCAGAAGUACCGAAAACUCAAGGUGCAGCAGAUGGCAGUCAGGUGUCUGCAGAGGAAUCUGCGGGCUCUGAAGGUGGCGUCCAAGUGGAGCUGGUGGAAACUUUUCUGCAGAGUUCGUCCUCUGCUGGACGUCAACAUGGACAACGAGAGGUUCAGGGUCAAAGAGGAUGAGAUAACGGCUCUAAGGCGACGGCUGGAAAAAUCAGAGAGGGAAAGGAACGAACUAAGGCAGACGGCCGACGGCCUGGAGACCAGGUUCACAGCUGUGACUUCCGAGCUCAGCGAUGAGCGUUUCCGUGGAGACGCAGUGGGUCAGGCUCUGGAUGUGGAGAGAGCUGAAAGACUUCGACUCAGCCGGGAGAACAAAGAACUGCAGGCUCGCUUGGACCAAUGUAAGGUUACCAUGGAAACCCUGGAGAAACAGCUGGAGGAGGAGAAGCAGAAAGUAAAGGUUGCUGAGAGUCAGAGAGGAGGUGGAACAGAGAAUGAGCUGGCCAUGCAGCUGGAGUGCUGCCAAACAGAGGUGGAGUUCGUCCGCAGACGGCUGAAGCAGACGGAGGAAAAGCUGGAGGCCGAGAGGCAGACGAGAGAGCAGGUGGAUACCAAGGUCACGGCGCUGCAGGCCCAGUUGGAGCAGUCCAGAAGGGCCGCGAUAGAGCUCAAACGGCAGUGCCGCCAUGUCACCUCAGACCUUCACGACACCCGGGUUCUGACGGACAGUCUACAGGGUCGCCUGCACGAGCUGGAGCGCAAAAAGCGGAGGUUUGACAACGAGCUGACUCAGGCUCUGGAGGAGGCAGAGAAUGAGAGGGAGCAGAAGGAAAAGGUCCACCAGGAAAACAUGGCCCUGGGCACAGAAAUAUUCAACCUGCGCCGAACCCUGCAGGAGAGCCAGUCGGAGGUGAGCCGUCUUCAGCAGCAGAAAGAUGAGUUGUGUGCUCAGAUCCGGGACCUCAGUCUGCCCGUUCACCUGGUCUCAGAGUCGGUGCCGGAUCUGAAGAAGCAGCUUCGCCUCCUGGAGACCCAAGCCAGCGAGAGAGCAGAGGAGAUCUCCAAACUCACUGCCAAAAUCCAGCAACAGCAGCAGAUCCACAUGAGGUUUGAGAUGGAGAUGGAGAGGAUGAAGCAGAUCCAUCAAAAGGAGCUGGAAGAUAAAGAUGAGGAGCUGGAAGAUGUCCACAAGUCCUCUCAGAGACGGCUGCGGCAGCUGGAGAUGCAGUUGGAGCAGGAGUACGAGGAGAAGCAGAUGGUGAUUCAUGAGAAACAUGACUUGGAGGGACUCAUUGCAACGCUCUGUGACCAGGUGGGACACAGAGACUUCGACAUAGAGAAGAAGCUGAGGCGAGACCUGAAGAGGACUCGGGCUCUGCUGGCCGACGCCCAGCUGCUCCUCUCCACCAUCGACAGCUCAGGCCAGAACGUUCCCACCGCCAGCAAAGAUCAGAUCGAGCGGCUGCACUUCCAGCUGGAGGAGUGUGAGGCGAGGCGGCUGGAGGCUGAGAACGUCCAGAGGACUCUGUCUCAGGAGCUGGAGAACGCACAGCUGGAGCUGGAGAACAUCUGCAAGCAGAAGAGUGUGGUGGAUGAACAGCUGACGCUGCUGCAGCAUGAGAAGGUGGACCUGCUGAAAAGGCUCGAGCAGGACCAGGAAGACCUGAACGAGAUCAUGAAGAAACACAAAGCUCUCAUCGCACAGUCAUCCAGCGAUAUCUCUCAAAUCAGAGACCUGCAGGCUGAACUGGAGGAGUUGAAGAAGCAGAGACACUCUCUUCAGGAAGAGCUGCAGCAGCGUACGUCAAGGGUGCAGUUCCUGGAGUCGUCCACUGUGGGGCGCAGCAUCGUCAGCAAACAGGAGGCUCAUGUAUGUGACCUGGAAAACAAGCUUGAGUUCCAGAGAGGCCAAGUCAAGAGGUUUGAGGUGCUGGUGCUGCGUUUGAGGGACAGUGUGGUGCGUCUGGGGGAGGAACUGGAGCAGAGUGCCCAGGCAGAAGCUCGGGAGAGGGAGAACGCCCGCUACUACCACCAGAGGCUGCAGGAGAUGAGGGUGGAGGUGGAGGAUCUGAGCCAGAGGGAGCAGGACAGCAGCCGGCGGCGGAUGGAAGUGGAGAUGCAGGUGGAGGAGCUCACCACCAUUAGACAGACGCUACAGGCCGACCUGGAGACGUCCAUCCGCCGCAUUGUGGAUCUGCAGGCCGGCCUGGAAGAAGUGCAGUCGAGCGAUGAGAGUGACACUGAGAGCGUUCAAACUGCCAUGGAGUCCUUUACUCGAAAGAAAGACCUUGACUCCGUGUCCAGUAUCGGCUCUGUCGGGACGGAGGAUGUUGGAGAGGGGAUCCGGAGCUGGUUGGGAGCUCCGGGACGAGGAUCCCAUGGCGCCGGCUCUCCCUACAGCAGCCAAGAUGGCCGCCAGUCCGUCACUGACACGAUGAGCACCUACAGCUUCCGUUCUUGCGUGGAUCCUGAUAACGACGGCUCUGAGGUUGGAGGAUCUGGUUCCAGACGUCUCAGCCGGGCCCCGUCCUCAUCGGCGCUGUCUGAGCUGCUGGAGGGACUCCGUAAACGAAGAGCCGGCGGCGAUGCCAGAGACGGAGCUGGCAGCACCGUUUCUCUGCCUAUCUACCAGACGACCGGAGCCUCCAGUUUACGACGGAGAGCCUCCGCCAUGUCCCUGAGCCCAGAGGACGUGGCGGAGCCCCGGCCCGGUCCGAGCAUCCUCAAACCACCCUCCCCUCUGCUCCCACGACGAGCCACCAGUGUCCACUCCAUCACCGACUCUCUGGGAGCCAAACCCUCUCACCUCGGCUCACCUGACUCCUCCUCCUCACUCCCGUCCUUGCCCCGCCUCUCGUCCAUGUCCUCCUAUCUUUCCUCCCGCCAGCCUCCUUCCUUUUCCAUCCCAGAGGAGGGCCUGGCGGAGUCCCUCCGCUCAGCAGCAACCACCAUCCAGCGUUCCCCUCAGAGUCCACGUCGGUGCAUGCUGGGAAGUCUGAUUACAGCAGACGGAGACGAAGCUUCUCUGGGUUCAGCGCCGAUGGUCUUCCAGAGCCGCCGUCUGACCGUGGACCGUGAGGAUGCGGCCUCAGACAUCCUUCCUGCCAUCCGGCGAGCUCAGUCCACCAGCAGCCUGGGCAGCUCCGUCAGAGGCGGAAGGAGGGCGCUGAGCGUCCACUUUGGCGAGCUACCACCCUCCAACCGCAGCAGGAAAGGUUCCGAAACCGACUCUUCCAGCUCCGGCGGUUCAGGAAACUCUCAGGGAAGCAGACCACGACGACGGUUUGACAGCCUGCAGGGGGAGAGGCCGGAGGCGGACGGCAGUGAGGCGGGAGACGUGGCUUCUGUCAUGAAGAAAUACCUCAAGAAGGAGGUCGACUGAAGGUCAGGCUCUGUCUGUUUCCACGUCCAGCUGAGAGCUUCAGAGAGACCGCGAGAGCUGAAGGAAAAAGAAGCUCUAAAAGUACUUCUGUUUGUAUAUGAAUAAAAUGUUCAAUAAACAGUUUGCCUUG